CCGCCAUGUCGGCUGCGCCCGGCCUCUUGCACCAGGAGCUGUCCUGCCCGCUGUGCCUGCAGCUGUUCGACGCGCCCGUGACAGCCGAGUGCGGCCACAGUUUCUGCCGCGCCUGCCUGGGCCGCGUGGCCGGGGAGCCGGCGGCGGAUGGCACCGUUCUCUGCCCCUGCUGCCAGGCCCCCACGCGGCCGCAGGCACUCAGCACCAACCUGCAGCUGGCGCGCCUGGUGGAGGGGCUGGCCCAGGUGCCGCAGGGCCACUGCGAGGAGCACCUGGACCCGCUGAGCAUCUACUGCGAGCAGGACCGCGCGCUGGUGUGCGGAGUGUGCGCCUCACUCGGCUCGCACCGUGGUCAUCGCCUCCUGCCCGCCGCCGAGGCCCACGCACGCCUCAAGACACAGCUGCCACAGCAGAAACUGCAGCUGCAGGAGGCAUGCAUGCGCAAGGAGAAGAGUGUGGCUGUGCUGGAGCAUCAGCUGGUGGAGGUGGAGGAGACAGUGCGUCAGUUCCGGGGGGCCGUGGGGGAGCAGCUGGGCAAGAUGCGGGUGUUCCUGGCUGCACUGGAAGGCUCCUUGGACCGCGAGGCAGAGCGUGUGCGGGGUGAGGCAGGGGUCGCCUUGCGCCGGGAGCUGGGGAGCCUGAACUCUUACCUGGAGCAGCUGCGGCAGAUGGAGAAGGUGCUGGAGGAGGUGGCGGACAAGCCGCAGACUGAGUUCCUCAUGAAAUACUGCCUGGUAACCAGCAGGCUGCAGAAGAUCCUGGCAGAGUCUCCCCCACCCGCCCGUCUGGACAUCCAGCUGCCAAUUAUCUCAGAUGACUUCAAAUUCCAGGUGUGGAGGAAGAUGUUCCGGGCUCUGAUGCCAGCGCUGGAGGAGCUGACCUUUGACCCGAGCUCUGCGCACCCGAGCCUGGUGGUGUCUUCCUCAGGCCGCCGCGUGGAGUGCUCGGAGCAGAAGGCGCCGCCGGCCGGGGAGGACCCGCGCCAGUUCGACAAGGCGGUGGCGGUGGUGACGCACCAGCAGCUCUCCGAGGGCGAGCACUACUGGGAGGUGGAGGUUGGCGACAAGCCGCGCUGGGCGCUGGGUGUGAUCGCGGCCGAGGCCCCCCGCCGCGGGCGCCUGCACGCGGUGCCCUCGCAGGGCCUGUGGCUGCUGGGGCUACGCGAGGGCAAGAUCCUGGAGGCGCACGUGGAGGCCAAGGAGCCGCGCGCUCUGCGCAGCCCCGAGAGGCGGCCCACGCGCAUCGGCCUUUACCUGAGCUUCGGCGACGGCGUCCUCUCCUUCUACGAUGCCAGCGAUGCCGACGCCCUCGUGCCGCUUUUUGCCUUCCACGAGCGCCUGCCCGGGCCCGUGUACCCCUUCUUCGACGUGUGCUGGCACGACAAGGGCAAGAAUGCCCAGCCGCUGCUGCUCGUGGGUCCCGAAGGCGCCGAGGCCUGAGCCGCCGGAUGGGUCGGGGAGGGGUGCAGGGGCCUGGGUUGGAGCUUAGGUCUCCUUGGUCGGGUCUGACGGGAGAAGGGUGGGGAGCGGGUUGCCAGGGCCCAGGGGGCUGGGAACUGGGGGAUCUCCCAGAAUACUGACAAGCAUGGGGUAGGACUGGCUUGGUGGCUCAUGCCUGUAAUCCCAGCACUUUGGGAGACGGAGACGAGUGGAUCACCUGAGGUCAGGAGUUUAAGACCAGCCUGGCCAACAUGGUGAAACUCCUCUCUACUAAAAAUACAAAAAUUAGCUGGGCGCGGUGGCCUACGCCUGUAAUCCCAGCUACUCGGGAGGCUGAGGCAGGAGAAUUGCUUGAACCCAGGAGGUGGAGGUUGCAGUGAGCGGACAUUGCGGCACUGCACUCUAGCCUGGGUGACUAGAGUGAGACUCUGUCUCAAAAAAAAAAAGUGUGUGGGUUGGCAUGGCCUGGGGACUGCUGGUGAGGGGUUGGGGUGAUGCUGGGGACAAGACUCAGUGGGGUAGGGAGAUCUGGAGUCAGGUCAGUGGGGAAAUCAGAAUUUGGGAACCAGGAUGCCUGAGAAUUCCAGGAAGAAACUAAGGUUGAGCGAGGGAUGGACAGGGCCAGGUUGGGGGAUUGAUGGGAGGAGCUUGAGAACCUGUAGAGUAAGGGGCUCCUUCUGCCUCACACUCCCCUCCUCCUUAGGCCUUGGGUCCCCCUCUCCAGAUUCACCUUACCCAAAGGCCUUCCCCUUAGUUCUCCACCUUAAGCAUGUAUUAAAAUAACCUUUUUAAAGCCCUUAACCAUGACUUGUUAAAGCAUAGGGUGCUAAGUUUCUGAUUUAGUAGGUUGGACAGGUCAAAAAUGCUCAUUUCUUUUUUUUCUUUUUUUUGAGACGGAGUCUUGCUCUGUCACCCAAGGAUAGAGUGCAGUGGCGCCAUCUUGGCUCACUGCAACCUCUGCCUCCAGGGUUCAAGCAAUUCUCAUGCCUCAGCCUCCCAAGUAGCUAGGACUACAGACCCCCGCCACUACACCUGGCUAUUUAUUUUUACUUUUUAUUUUUAGUAGAGGUUUCACUAUGUUGGCCAAGCUGGUCUCGAACUCCUGACCUCAAGUGAUUCACCCGCCUUGGCCUCCCAAAGUGCUGGGAUUACAGACAUGAGCCACUGCGCCUGGCCGAAAAUGCUCAUUUUUUUUUUUUUUUUAAUUUAGUUUUUGUAAAAAUUGUGUCUCGUUAUGUUGCCCAGGCUGAUCUUGAAUUCUUGGCCUCAAGUGAUCCUCCUGCCUUGGCCUUCCAAGUACUGGGAUUACAGGUGUGAGCCACCACGUCCUGCCAAAAAUGUGCAUUUCUAGCAGGUUCCCAGGUGACGCUGCUGGCCACAGGGGCUGAUGCUGCGGGAAGCCCCGACCUAGUGCACACCCCAUUGGGCUCUUCACUGUCAGUGUAGAUGGAGGAGAGGCAUCGGUCCAAAAUAUGUUUCCCCAGUCAAAAACAUGUAAGGUUUGCACCAGGAGUGGAAGGAAACAAACAAACAUAAACCAAAGCAAAGACAUUUAGGGGCUGGGUACUCAUGCCUGUAAUCCCAACACUUUGGGAAUUUGAGGCAGGAGGAUCAUUUGAGGCCAGGAGUUUGAGACCAGCCUGGGCAACAUAGCGAGACCCUGUUGCAACAAAAACCAGAAAAACAACAAAAAGAAGACAUUGGAAAACUGCCAGAGCUGAUUCUAGGCGAAUAAACAACCCUCGACUUGCUUUGCUUCUGGGAUAUGUUUAUCGAGCGUCUUGAACGUUGAGGAAGCCAGCCAAGAGAAAGAGCCUGAUGCCAAGGUCACACUGGUCCCUGCUGCUCAUGGGGAAGAGAAGGCCCCCUACUAGAUAUCACAGAACCGGCCGCUCCCCACUUACUUGCUGGUUCACACCUUCUUUGGUUUUAGCGCACAGGGCAUUUCUUGGGCUGUGGAGUAACCACUGAGACCAGAGUGAGAGUCCCUCUUCCCUGGAGGGAGAGGCCUUUGGGGAUCCAGACAGGCUUCUCUCCUGAGAGAAGACGCUGGCCUGGGGUCACUCAUUUUCACGGGGAGGGUGUGCUGGCGGGAUGGUUGGAAGGGCCUGGGGCCCCGGCAGCCCAUUGCAGAGGUUUUCUCAGGAGAUGGUGGGUAUGGGACUAAGGGUGAAAGGGAAGUUGUGAGUUAGGUAAGAAAGGCCUGAGGAUCUGGCAGGAGAAGGCAGCAUACCUAGGUGUGUCUCCCAGAGGAAGGCCUGUGGAGCCCUGGCUUCAGGAGACAGAAAAGAGGAUUAGCGGUAGAAGCUCUUUCAUGUUAGAAAAUAAAACAUUUUAGUAAAGGGAUUAUUUGGUUGUAAAAUCCAACACCACUAAUAAAACUGUUAUAUUCUGACUCCUUCCUCAUUAAAUCUGCAUGAAAAGACAUAUGACCUAC